CAUGGUGAAUAUUAUUGGUAUUGUGCGUGAGCACUGGCCUGCUGUUCUUGUUCCAAUGGGAUUUGUGAUUGGAUGGUACUUGGACCGAAGAAACAAUGAAAAAUUGUCUAUGUUCAGAAAUAGAAGUGUCCUUUACAGAAGGGAACUGAAACCUGGAGAAGAAGUCACUUGGAGAUGAAGAAUGGAAAACAAACCUUCUAAUUAUCUAUUUUACGUUGUACCAAUAAAACACUGUGUGCUUACUUACAAA